AGAAAAUUACGAGCCCUUUGAACAAAUAAAAAGAAAGAGAGAGAGAGAGAGAGAGGUUUAUUUGUUUAAUUGGUUUGUUUCGCAAGGGAGAACCUUGGGUUCUUAAAUUUUCAAUGGCAGAGUUAGGUUGGGUAUAAUGUCACUUCCUCUCCAAUAUUUAUUGCGCAAACUCAGACCAGACAUUUUUUACUCCUUUAAACACGAGAUUUUUUUUUUACUGUUUAUUUUUUUAAUAAUUUUUUGAUGUUCUUUUUCUUAUCUGUUAUCAACUGAAUCUGUCUUCAGUAUCUCUGCUAGUGUCACUAAAAUAUUUUUCCUGAGAUGGAUCUUUCUUUUAUGUCCUUUUCUUACUUAAAUCCAAAUCCAUUUUUUUAUUACUAUUAUCUUAGUUGCAAUAAAAAGAAAAGAGAACCUCACCAUACAUGGAAGAAAGAAAAAGGGUGCUUGGACUUUAGUUGUAAUGACUCCCCAUUUUGUGAAGGAAGGAUCUUGGUUUUUGGAUCAUCAAGUUUUGCAGCCUUUGAAGAAUUCAUGAAAACUCUAUACUUCCCACAAUUGCUUGCUUGAAAGAUGAUACAUUGUUUGUCUUUGUUAGUUGAAUGAGCAAAUGAAACUAAAAUCAGAUAUGAGCUUCAAAACUAAAGUUUCUUCCUUUUUGUUAGCUUAGCUGUAUAUUAUGUUCAUUUAUUGCAAAUCUUCUGACAUUGUUGUGUUAAGGUGUUAUAAUUCUAGUUUCAGAUGGACUUCGUUUGAUAAUUCAACCUUUUUUUCUUUUGAGUAAUGCUGGUUUAUAGAUGAGAUAAUGGAGGUCGAAAGGAAACAUUCGAAAGGAGGAUUUUUUCAUUUGUUUGAUUGGAAUGGUAAAUCUCAAAAAAAAUUGUUCCCAAACAGUGCUGAAAUCUCAGAAGAAUCAAAGAGAGUAAAACCUGUGGAGAAUAUACUGAAGUCACCGCCUUAUAUGAUGGAGGGGGAUGAGUACAAUGCUGCUUCAAGUUAUAGAAGAAGUGCCGAUUUUAGUUCCGCUUCCUCGGUGGCUAGUGAUGAAGGAUAUGGAUCCAGAGCACCUGGAGUUGUUGCUAGGCUUAUGGGGUUGGACUCAUUGCCGGCACCAAAUGUCUUGGAGCCAUCUUCUACCACAUAUUCAGGGUCUUGUUCUCUUAGAGUAUCUCAUUAUGAAAGAAGUUCUCCUAAUUUGUGGAAUGAAUCUCAACCGAUGGACUACACCGACUUCUCUAACAAGCUUGAUAGUUUGUCCUCAAAUCCGAUUGAACCAAGGUUUCAUAAGGUGCAAAACCGCCCCAUUGAGAGAUUUCAGACUGAAAUAUUGCCUCUGAAAUCAGCAAAACCAAUUCCAAUAACUCAGCAUAAGCUUUUGUCUCCUAUCAAGAGUCCAGGGUUUAUCCCAACCAAGAAUGCAGCUUAUAUAAUGGAGGCAGCUUCCAAGAUUAUUGAGGUUAGUCCUCAGAAAACUUCCAAACAUAAAGUGCCAUCAUUUGGGCUUUCUUCAGUCCCUUUGCAAAUCUGGGAUUUGAAAGAUAGAAUUGAAGCUGCACAUAAGGUAUCUGGGCACCAAAGACCUGACGAGCCUAAGGUAUCCGGGCAACAAAGACCUGACGAGCCUAUUCGGAGUACAGAAAUGUCUUUGAAAGGACAACAUAAGAGCAAGAGUCACAACAAAUCAGAUUAUGCUCCAACAUUCAGUAUAUCUAGGGAUUCAGAAAAAGGUUCUUCUAACAAUUCAAGGAAUAAGGGAAAAUCAGUCUCACUUGCAGAGCAAGCAAGGGUUAAUAAUGUUCAGAGGAAAGAAGGGUCAUUUUCAAGUGGUAAUGGGAGUUCUGCAAAUCUGAAGGAAGGGAAUGAUGCUAAAAGAAAACAAUUUUGUAGGAGCCAGGCAGAUAUGCGAAAGAGUAUGGAGAACGGAACUUCUGCAAAUAGGACUAACAAAGUCCUGAGGCGGAAUAAUCAGAAGCAGAACUGCAUAUCUAAUAGAGACUAUUCGAUACCAAAGACUUCAACCCUGGACCAGCAAGGUAGGAAGACUAGGUCUAUAAACGGUACAGUUGGGCUAAAUAGGACUAUAAACAAGGUCAUUGUAAACUCUGAAUCUCAGUCCAGGAAGACAAGCUCCUCAGCAACUGAUCCUUCAAAGGAGGUUUCCAUGUCUAGAAGAAAGAAUUUGCCUAGAAAGAAACAACCUGUAAAUGAGGAUGUUCUGUCUGGAGAAACAAUUUCUGAGAAUACAUCAAUAAAAAGCACCCAAAGAUCCAUAAAAUGUAAUGUUACAACUGAGGAGCACUCAAAUCAGAGUGCAGAGAAAAUGAAGACAAGCAUGGAUGUUGUUUCAUUUACAUUUACAUCUCCCAUUGCAAGAUCCGUGCCUGAUGUUCCUUCCACAAGUCAAGUUGUGGAAACAAGCUGCAGCUUUGAUAAUGAUCCUUGUGGCAACAAUGAUCUGCUGUUUUCAAAAAGCUCCGGAUUUUCUUCUCUUGGCCUUAAUAUAAUUGGUGGGGAUGAUCUUAGUGUUCUUUUGGGAAAAAAGCUUCAAGAAUUGGCAUAUAGAGUUGAGUCAUCCAAUUGCAAUAUCAUUAUGGAGGAGACUUCAUCUCGUCCCACAUCCAGUUGGCAAAAUUCAGUGCUCCCAUCGGGUACAUUGAUCCCAACAUCAAUGAGACAUCACAAAGGACUUCAGUUGGAUCUAGAUAAAGAUAUUUCAUAUAGCACAGCUGACUUCAAUUGCUCUUCAAUUAACCAUUUGGAGCUUGAUUGGAGAAGGAAGUGGCAGUUUUCUGAAGAAAUUGAGGAUCGAAAUGCUAGCAAAAGCAGCAGCAAGACCGGCACAGAAUUAGAUCAUCAACAGUCUAGCCCCCUUUCAACUCUUGAACUUGCUGUCACCAGUGAGUGCUUCGCUGAUGAUAGAGAUGGACAAUGUCUGGAGAAUAAAUACCUUUUGUGCAUGAAGCAAGAGUUAUUGGAUCGCAAUCAGGAAUUAUUAGGUUCGCAGCCUGGAAGUGAGUCUGAGACUGAAUUUGAUGUGGCGUUAUCCGAUUUCGCAUCUCCUAAAACUGUGGGAGAAAUGGAUAAAAAGCUUCCAACUAGGACACCAAAUUCAAGAGAUCUUAAGGAGUCAACCAAUUGGGAACUUGAUUAUGUGAAAAUGGUUCUAAAAGAUUCUGAGCUAAAGUUAAUGGAAUAUGCAUUGGGUCAGACCGAGAAUAUUCUGACCCUGAAUGGUUUUGAUCAGCUCGAGCAUCGGAACAUAACACAGACACAGGGAGAAGAAUACAAGAAGCUUGAACAAAAACUUGUAGUAGAUUGUGUGAGUGAAUACCUGGAGUUUGUUGUUGGAAGCUGCAAAGGGUGGGGGAAAUUGAUGCAGAACAAAGGGAGGUUGGCAGAAGAGGUAUACAAAGAGAUAAUGAGUUUGAAACAAAUGGGGGACAUAAUGGUGGAUGAAGUUGUAGACAAGGAUAUGAGCAGAAAGCAUGGGAGAUGGGUUGAGUUUGAGACGGAAGCAUUUGAAGAGGGUUUAGAGAUUGAGAAAACUAUAUCAACUUGUUUAGUUGAUGAAUUAGUUUUUGAUUUAUUGCUUUAAGGCUCUCUUAAGAUAUACCCCUAAUGGAUCUUCUAUCACCCUCUUUGUUCAAGAGUAUAAAAAGUGAUUGAGUAAAAUAUUUAAUUAUUUUUAUGAAAUAUUUUCAUAUUUCCAAAAUA